GAUCAGUAAUUGUUUGCAUUUCGUUAAGUUUUGAAUCGGAAAAAAUCAAGGGAUGAAUAAGACAUACGUGUUAAUGUCGGUAAAAAUCUUGUGGCUAAUGGUGGCGAUUACAACAAAUGCAAGAGAAAUAUCGAAGACUAAGAAUUUUAAUAAGAAAACAUCUUUUCUCGGUCAAUGCAAACGUUACGAUCCCAAAUUAAAUGCAUGCGCCCGUCGAGUUUUCAAUGAAAUCAAAGAACAAUUGGUUCAUGGUAUACCGGAAUUGUUUUUGCCGCCAUUUGAACCUUUAAGGAUACCUGAAAUUAAAAUGAAUCAAGAUACCGGAGGUGUUUGCAUGCAAUCCAGCUAUAAAGACAUUGAAUUGUACGGCUUGACCGAUUUCACCGUUAAAGAAUUGGACUUUGAUUUGGUUAAUACCAAAUUGAAGACCAUUCUGGAAUUUCCAAAAAUUCGCAUGCAAUCGCUAUACACAAUUGAUGGUAAAAUUAUGAUGUUACCAAUAGUGGGAGCAGGGCCUUGCCAAGCUAAUUUUACAAAUGUUGAGUUAGAUGUAAACAUUUUGUGCGAAACUGUAUCGAUUGAAAAUCAAGUUUAUCUAGAAGUUAAAGACAUUGAAGUUCAUUAUGAAGUGGGCAAUGUGACAAUGCAUUUAAUUGAUCUUUUUAAUGGUGACAAGGCUUUAAGUGAAAGCAUGAACCAAUAUAUAAAUGACAAUUGGAAGAUUUUAUCCGAAGAUCUUCGCCCUUUACUAGAGAAAGCCUUACGAGAAUUCAUCAAAUCAAGCAGCGAUAAAUUGCUUACAGUAUACACUUAUCGUGACUUAUUGCCUGAAUAGUAGGAAUCAGUUUAUUUGUGAAGUCAAAGCAAAAAAAAAAAAAAAUAUAUAUGUAUAUAUAUUUUCCCUUUUGUUAUCUCUUUUAUUGGUUGAUAAUAAAAAACGGCUUUGGAAGAUGUCCUGGGUGUAGUUCGGAGCUAUAUUUUACUUUCGUUUCUAGUUAAUCGGCAAAAAAAGUUGAAAGGAAAACCACAAGUUAAGUUUUUCAAUCCUUGACAAAUAAAUUUAAUCGUAAUAGAUCGUUAAGCCUUAAGAGCAUAGUGAUUUGGCAUCUGCAUCGAAUGUCUAAAAUUUCAUGUUUAUGUAGCAAUCUUUGCAUUGUGUGUUUUUUUUUUUUUCAAUUCUAAUUUUAUCAAAAUUAUUUUGCCCUUUUUCGGAAUUAGAUUCUUUGACAGUUUAUUUCUUUCUCGCGUGCUAUCUAAGAACG